GGCCGACCCUACGCUGUCCUGGCUUCCAUCGAUACCAUAUCCUCCUGCACAAGAAGGCCGAUGGUCUCCAGUGACAUCAACUAUCAAUUGGUGUGAAGAGGUGGGUUUCAAUAUACUUACUUGACGGCGGUUGGGGUGCUUCGACACUGUUGCGAAAACUAGGCGACGUCUAGAACUUGGGACUGACAGUUUACAGGAUUACUACGCGACCAUCUACUCGGCCGAAAUCGUGAACACCCUCACAAACCUCUUGUUCAUGUACCUCGCCGCACAGGGAAUCCGUGGUUGCUUGAAGAAUAGCCACGACCGGAUAUUUGUUGUAACGUUUAUUGGAUAUCUUCUUGUGGGCAGUGGCAGCUUUCUGUUCCAUGCCACGUUAAAAUAUCCUAUGCAACUCGUGGAUGAGCUUUCCAUGAUAUACACGACAUGUCUCAUGUGCUAUGCAACCUUCUCCCACGGGAAGUCGAAGCUAUACUCGAUAAUUCUAGCCGCAUCCCUGGUGUCGUUGUCACUGUUUAUCACACUAUACUACCAUUAUCUCCAGGAUCCCACGUUCCACCAGAAUGCGUAUGCACUUCUAACUGCUACUGUCGUCUUCCGAAGUAUGCAUGUUAUGGAAGUGAACAUCCGACCCAAGUUCAAAGAGAAGGCGGCAAGAGAGGUACAACGCGCGACAAGAGCUGGUCAAGCAGAGCAGGACCGACAGGACGAGCGGGACAAAGAUAUCUUGCGUCAAAUGUGGACGUUGAUCGCCUGCGGUUUGAGUAUAUUCAUUGGCGGAUUUGGUAUCUGGACUCUGGACAACGAGUUUUGUUCGACGUUGAGGGCCUGGCGGAGACAGAUAGGGCUGCCUUGGGGCCUCUUGUUGGAAGGACAUGGAUGGUGGCAUAUCAUGACGGGUGUUGGAGCAUACUUCUACAUCCAGUGGGGCAUAUGGCUGCGACAUUGUCUCAAUGAUAAGCAAGACAACUACGAACUGCAAUGGCCAAGCGUCUUCUCGCUUCCUGCCGUUGUACGACAGCAGAGCUCGCCCUCAAAUGGGCUGGUUGGAAGCGCCAAAAAGGACAAGUGAGAUGAUGAAAGAAUAGAGCAUCCAAAGGGUGCUUCCCUGAAGCAUCUGAAGGGUUGUAUGAUUGCGAAGAAUGAUGAAUGCCAAACUUUGAAGAAGAGCUCUGUUGUAGAGAAUGAAGCCGCCUCACUACGCUUGGCCAAUAAGUUGAUAAUGCAGAAUGUUGUCUGAAUUGCUGAUAUGCCAAAACGAAGUCAAGAAGUAAUUGAGGUGUAUUGCGUCGCAACCAGGCUGUAGAUAAGCUACGGUUCUCACGCCAAUCUAAUCACUAUAUCUGAAGCAUAUAGCAAUAUCAGAAC